AUGAACACGAAUCACGUACUCUCUGAGUUCAAACACAAGAACAAAUCUAUCACCUUCAGCAAGCUUAUGGUGAAAAGGAUUUUCAACGUGCCAUCCGGUGAUAGACCCGUGAAGCUUCUAAAGAAGAGUGAUGAACAUGAUCUUCGCAACAUUUACAAGGAGGGGAACAGGGCUCCAAUCGCCCAUGUUGUCAAGUUGCUCACUAGUUGCAGUGAGGAGGACGUGGAUAUGAUAAAUAGGACUUGGGCACUCCUUGCGUUGUCAACAGUUUUGUGCCCAGGCACGGGCAAUAUGGUGAACCUUGAGUAUCUUGCUUCCUUGGAAGAUAUGUCUUUGGUGCAUGAGUUCGCUUGGGAUGAGCACUUGUUGGCACGAGCGAUGGAGGAGGUUGGAGUCUUUCAAGAGAAGAAGAGGAUGCAAGCAAACGCAGAAAAAGAGUUCCAGAUUGCUUCAUGCCUCCCCAUGUUAGCGAUCAUAUACAUGGAUCAUGUUGAUAUCCCGGCUGGCCUCCCAAAUGAGCAUGCUAUUGAUUAUUCCGUGCCGAGGAUACGUUUUGUUUGCCAAAAGGAUUUUGAGUGGCUGGAUAAAGUUGACAAGAACAAGCUCACUCUUAUCCAACCUUUCUACGGGAAACACACCCAUCAAUCUUUGCUUUUCCAAUUAGUUUAUGGCAGCCUUCUUAUUUCCGCCACUCAUGUUUUGUUUUCCUAG